CACACACACACACACACACACUCUCCAGCAGCUGCAAUCUGGAAGAAAUUACUGGCCCCACAGCCAGACUUCCCCAGUUUCAGGAAAUUCCAGGCUGCGCGGGGGGGAGGGGCCGGGCCGGGGGCGCGCCCCGCGCAUCCCCCACCCCCUCCGCGUGUCCUCCGCGCACACCCAGGCCCGGCCCCCUCCCGCCCCCACACUCAGCCCCGAGGGGCCUCCGCGUCUCCACCGCCUCUUUCUAGUCCUUUAAAUCCUAGAGGCAAACUUGGGGGGGGGGGCGGGGGGGCGAUCAGGAAGGCUGGGCGGGGCCUGCGCCUUAACCCUGUGCGCCCCAGGCGGACGCAGCUGGACUGGGCGGCCACUCGCGCCCGUUUGGGCUCCGACCAUGGCCCCCGAGAGGGGCUGACCCUUCCGCCCGGGUGCAGGUGAGGCCCGGCCCGGAGGAAGGAGGAAGAAGGCGCGGGCCCGGGACCCAGAGGCCGAGGCGGGCUCCGAACCCCGGACGGGGCGUCCCAGCCUGAGCCGAGCCCGAGCGCGCCGGACCCGCCCGGCGAGGACCACGAGAAAGGAAACAGAGAGAUUCCCGUCACGGAUCCCAAGACCUGCAGCUGGCAAAGGGUGGGGCCUCGGUUCAAAUAGAGGCUUCGUCACAACCGACGGUUAGCACAAAGGCCGAGGUCAUCACAGGCCCUCCCAGAGGUCUCAUAACAGCAGCCCGGCUGCAGGAUGUGGGCAAAGAUGCCGGUGCUGAAGCAGCUGGGCCCCGCGCAGCCCAAGAAGCGGCCGGAGCGCGGCGCCCUCUCCAUCUCCGCGCCGCUCGGCGACUUCCGGCACACGCUGCACGUGGGGCGCGGGGGCGACGCCUUCGGGGACACCUCGUUCCUGAGUCGCCACGGCGGGGGGCCGCCCCCCGAGCCCCGCGCGCCUCCCGCGGGGGCCCCGCGCUCCGCGCCGCCGCCCGCCGUGCCCCAGCCCCCGCCGCCCGCCCUCCGAGCGCCCGCGCCCGCCGACCCGCUGCUGUCCUUCCACCUGGAUCUGGGCCCCUCCAUGCUGGACGCGGUGCUGGGCGUCAUGGACGCCGAGCGUCCGGGGGCCGCUGCCGCCAAGCCCGACGCGGACCCCGGCUCCGGGGCGCAGCACCCCAGGGCUCGCUGCCGCCCCAGCGCGGACCUCGAGCUGGACGACGUCAUCGGCCUGUAGGCUCCCGGCUCCCCUGCCUUCCCGCACCCCACUUCUUUAUACAUAAACGACUAAGGUCUG